UUCAACAAAUAAAACAGUCUUGAAACUUAUUUGGUAUGUUUUCUUUAAAAUAUAUUUAAUAGUUGUAUUGACAGUAUCCUUUUACAGAGAUGAUUUCCUUUUAGGUGAUUGAGUAUUUGUAUAGGGAAGGGGAGCAGAUUGAAAGGAAGAGAUUCUGGCAUAUUGAUCUGAAGCCUGUGGUAAAGCUGCUGCUUUGCCUCGCCCAUCUUGUUUGUCAUGGUUGGUUUGUGCAGGGUCCUAGAGAAAACCAUCCUUUCUGAGGAAUAAAAUGCAUAUAGCUUGUGAUUUUUUUAUUCGGAGGAGGUUGGGAGGUGUUUCAUUUGUAUAUAAGGAGAUGAAAUUAGCAUGGCCAUUAUAUUCUAAAAGGAGCCUUGUAGAAUAUUAUAGAAUCAUUUAUGAGAACAGAUUAUUCAGUUUGAUUCCUAUGGCCUACAUAAACAGCAGAUUUUAAGAUUACAGAGUUAAUUAUGCACAGUAAUGAGCACUGUGAUAUUCCGAGCUUUACUGAUGCAGUAAUAAGCACCCAGCAGAAUGAAUAUUGCGUAAAACCUUAUUUUCUAUUUAUGCAAAUUUUUAUGAGGAUUAACUAGUAGAAAAUAAAUUUAGAUCUGUAUACCUUUAGUAUUUGAAUGUCUUUGAAAUUUUGAUAUAGAAUAAGGAUUGUAGCUGGAUAGAGAAUUUUUUAGAUGCAUGGAGAAUUUUUACCUUUCAUCUGGCAGUAGCUGCCAUAAGAUGAUGUCACCUUGUAGCUGAUUGGCUGUUACAGCACCUAGGGCAGGGAAGAGAAAGAAAAAUGCCGGCACAAACCUCAGUGGUGGUUCUGUGGUUGUUUCUGUCUUUUUUUGAUAGAAUCUUUGAUUAGUAUCGAAUUUACUGUAUUUGGCCAUGUGAACUAUUGGGCACGUCCUAGGGUGAGGGAAAUUAAGAGCUUUCAGAGGAAUGAGGCGACUGAUUUGCAAACGGAUCUGUGAUUAUAAAAGCUUCGAUGAUGAAGAAUCAGUGGAUGGAAAUAGGCCGUCAUCAGCUGCUUCAGCCUUCAAGGUUCCUGCACCUAAAACAUCCGGAAAUCCUGUCAACAGUGCAAGGAAGCCUGGUUCAGCAGGUGGCCCUAAGGUUGGAGCAGGUGCUUCCAAGGAAGGAGGUGCUGGAGCAGUUGAUGAAGAUGAUUUUAUAAAAGCUUUUACAGAUGUCCCUUCUAUUCAGAUCUAUUCUAGUCGAGAACUUGAAGAAACAUUAAAUAAAAUCAGGGAAAUUUUGUCAGAUGACAAACAUGACUGGGAUCAGCGUGCCAAUGCACUUAAAAAAAUUCGAUCACUGCUCGUCGCUGGAGCUGCACAGUAUGAUUGCUUUUUCCAACAUUUACGCUUGUUAGAUGGAGCACUUAAACUUUCAGCUAAGGAUCUUAGAUCCCAGGUGGUUAGAGAAGCUUGCAUUACUGUAGCUCAUCUUUCAACAGUUUUGGGAAACAAGUUUGAUCAUGGCGCAGAAGCCAUUGUACCUACACUUUUUAAUCUUGUCCCCAAUAGUGCAAAAGUCAUGGCAACUUCUGGAUGCGCAGCAAUCAGAUUCAUCAUUCGGCAUACUCAUGUACCCAGACUUAUACCUUUAAUAACAAGCAACUGUACAUCAAAAUCAGUUCCUGUGAGGAGGCGUUCGUUUGAAUUUUUAGAUUUGUUGUUACAAGAGUGGCAGACUCAUUCAUUGGAAAGACAUGCGGCCGUCUUGGUUGAAACUAUUAAGAAGGGAAUUCAUGAUGCUGAUGCUGAGGCCAGAGUGGAGGCACGAAAGACAUAUAUGGGUCUUAGAAACCACUUUCCUGGUGAAGCUGAAACGUUAUAUAAUUCCCUUGAGCCGUCUUAUCAGAAGAGUCUUCAAACUUACUUAAAGAGUUCUGGCAGUGUAGCAUCUCUUCCACAAUCAGACAGGUCCUCAUCUAGCUCACAAGAAAGUCUCAAUCGCCCAUUUUCUUCCAAAUGGUCUACAGCAAAUCCAUCAACUGUGGCUGGAAGAGUAUCAGCAGGCAGCAGCAAAGCCAGUUCCCUUCCAGGAAGUCUGCAGCGUUCACGAAGUGACAUUGAUGUGAAUGCUGCUGCCGGUGCCAAGGCGCAUCAUGCUGCUGGGCAGUCUGUGCGAAGUGGACGGUUAGGUGCAGGUGCCCUGAAUCCAGGUUCCUAUGCAUCACUAGAGGAUACUUCUGACAAGAUGGAUGGAACAGCAUCUGAAGAUGGCCGGGUGAGAGCAAAGCUUUCAGCACCACUUGCUAGCAUGGGAAAUGCCAAGACAGAUUCUAGAGGAAGAAGUCGAACAAAAAUGGUGUCUCAGUCACAGCGUUCAUCAUCACCUGACAAAAAUGAAGGAUCACAAUCUGCUAAUACCAUUGGUGCUGGCAGCCGGUCUGGGUCUCCAGGAAGAGUUCUGACCACAACAGCCCUCUCCACUGUAAGCUCUGGUGUUCAAAGAGUCCUGGUCAAUUCAGCCUCAGCACAGAAAAGAAGCAAGAUACCACGGAGUCAGGGCUGCAGCAGAGAAGCUAGUCCAUCUAGGCUUUCAGUGGCCCGAAGCAGUCGUAUUCCUCGACCAAGUGUGAGUCAAGGAUGCAGCCGGGAAGCUAGUCGGGAGAGCAGCAGGGACACAAGUCCUGUUCGCUCUUUUCAGCCCCUCGCCUCCAGACACCAUUCCAGAUCAACUGGUGCCCUCUACGCCCCCGAUGUGUAUGGGGCCUCAGGUCCAGGGUAUGGAAUUAGCCAAUCAAGCCGACUGUCAUCUUCUGUCAGUGCCAUGCGAGUCCUGAACACAGGUUCUGACGUGGAGGAAGCAGUAGCAGAUGCCUUGCUCUUAGGAGACAUACGGACUAAGAAAAAACCUGCUCGAAGAAGAUAUGAAUCAUAUGGAAUGCAUUCAGAUGAUGAUGCUAACAGUGACGCAUCUAGUGCUUGUUCAGAACGCUCCUAUAGUUCUCGAAAUGGUAGUAUUCCUACAUAUAUGAGGCAAACAGAAGAUGUGGCAGAAGUCCUCAAUAGAUGUGCUAGUUCCAAUUGGUCAGAAAGGAAGGAAGGCCUCCUAGGUCUGCAGAACUUACUAAAAAAUCAAAGAACACUAAGCCGAGUUGAACUGAAAAGAUUAUGUGAAAUUUUCACAAGAAUGUUUGCUGAUCCUCAUGGCAAGAGAGUGUUCAGCAUGUUUUUGGAGACUCUAGUGGAUUUCAUACAAGUCCACAAAGAUGAUCUUCAAGAUUGGUUAUUUGUACUGCUGACACAACUGCUAAAAAAAAUGGGUGCUGAUUUGCUUGGAUCUGUUCAGGCAAAAGUUCAGAAAGCCCUUGAUGUUACAAGAGAAUCUUUUCCAAAUGAUCUUCAGUUUAAUAUUCUAAUGAGAUUUACAGUUGAUCAGACCCAAACACCAAGCUUGAAGACAGUCAAGCCAGCACUUCGGGACCAGCUUCACUCUUUUUGGAGCUCUAAGGUGAAGGUUGCUAUCCUUAAAUACAUAGAAACUCUGGCCAAACAGAUGGAUCCAGGAGAUUUUAUAAAUUCCAGUGAAACUCGCCUAGCAGUGUCUCGGGUCAUUACUUGGACAACAGAACCUAAAAGUUCUGAUGUUCGGAAGGCAGCACAGUCAGUGCUGAUUUCUUUAUUUGAACUCAAUACCCCAGAGUUUACAAUGUUAUUAGGAGCUUUACCAAAAACUUUUCAGGAUGGUGCUACUAAGCUUCUUCAUAAUCACCUUCGAAACACUGGCAAUGGAACGCAGAGUUCCAUGGGUAGUCCUUUGACAAGACCAACACCACGAUCACCAGCCAACUGGUCCAGUCCUCUUACUUCUCCUACCAAUACAUCACAGAAUACUUUAUCUCCAAGUGCAUUUGAUUAUGACACAGAAAAUAUGAACUCUGAAGAUAUUUAUAGCUCUCUUAGAGGUGUUACUGAAGCAAUCCAAAAUUUCAGCUUCCGUAGUCAAGAAGAUAUGAAUGAGCCAUUGAAAAGGGAUUCUAAAAAAGAUGAUGGUGAUUCAAUGUGUGGUGGUCCGGGGAUAUCAGACCCAAGAGCAGGAGGUGAUGCUACUGACUCAAGCCAAACAGCUCUUGAUAAUAAAGCGUCAUUGCUCCAUUCAAUGCCUACUCACUCCUCUCCUCGCUCUCGAGACUAUAAUCCAUAUAACUAUUCAGAUAGCAUCAGUCCCUUCAACAAGUCUGCCCUCAAGGAAGCCAUGUUUGAUGAUGAUGCUGACCAGUUUCCUGAUGAUCUUUCGCUAGACCAUUCUGACCUAGUUGCAGAGUUGUUGAAGGAGCUGUCUAACCAUAAUGAACGUGUAGAAGAAAGAAAAAUCGCCCUCUAUGAACUCAUGAAACUAACACAGGAAGAAUCUUUCGGUGUUUGGGAUGAACACUUCAAAACAAUAUUGCUUUUAUUGCUUGAAACCCUUGGGGAUAAAGAGCCUACAAUCAGGGCUUUGGCAUUAAAGGUUUUAAGAGAAAUCCUAAGGCAUCAACCGGCAAGAUUUAAAAACUAUGCAGAACUGACUGUCAUGAAAACAUUGGAAGCUCAUAAAGAUCCUCAUAAGGAGGUGGUGAGAUCUGCUGAGGAAGCAGCAUCAGUAUUGGCCACUUCAAUUAGUCCAGAGCAGUGCAUCAAAGUGCUUUGUCCUAUCAUCCAAACUGCAGAUUACCCAAUUAAUCUGGCUGCAAUCAAAAUGCAAACAAAAGUGAUAGAGAGAGUGUCCAAGGAAACUCUUAACCUGCUUUUGCCGGAGAUUAUGCCAGGCCUGAUACAGGGUUAUGAUAAUUCAGAAAGCAGUGUUCGGAAAGCUUGUGUCUUCUGCCUGGUGGCUGUUCAUGCAGUAAUUGGUGAUGAACUAAAACCACAUCUCAGUCAACUCACUGGCAGUAAAAUGAAGCUACUGAAUCUUUACAUCAAACGUGCACAAACAGGUUCUGGAGGAGCUGAUCCCACUACUGAUGUUUCUGGACAAAGUUAGUGAAGCUCAUCAAAGUGAACCAGGUCUCUCAAAGAAAGGACAGACAGACCACCCUCAUCAAUGAAAGGAAAUUCUCAAAUACAUCUUUUGGAACUUAACCAUUGUUUCCCAGUUUUAGUUUUUUGUUUUGUUUCAUUUUGUAUUUUCUGUAACAGAGGGCUACCCUCAGUCUGCAUGUAAACUUUUAUGAUAGUUAUUCCAAAUUCAAGAAGAAGCAGUAUUAACAUCAAUUGAUCAAUACAAAGUAAUUUUUAAUCUAAUUCAUCAUUUCACAUGUUUGUACUUCUUUGUCUUCCCAUUAACCUUUGCCAGUGUUAUGAUUGUAUAAAUUUUUUUAAAUGCUGGUUAAACAGGAAUGCUUAAAGCUUUAAAAGUUUAACAGUCUAAAACAUUUUUUUUUGCCUUUAUUCAAUUGCAGAAUAAUAUUUUUAUUGCUAUUUUGAGUUUUGUUCCGUAUCAUGUCCUAUGCUAGAAAUAUUGAAAUGAUGUGAAAUAAAGCAGGACUAAUUUGAACUUCAGCUGGACUCUGUUGGUGUGAUGGUGAUACAUGUCAUUAGUUGCAACCUCUUUGGGGUGAUCUUAAGACCUCAAAGACAUAUGUUACAGAAUCAGCCAGUUCUGUAAAACUGAUAUUGUUUGUUGGUUCUUGAUCUUGCCAUCUUUAUUUAAUACCGUGUCCCUUCUAUGAUCCCUUAAGAAAGCUGCACCAAAUCAUCUGCCUGUUUUUUUCUGGAUACUUAUUGAAAUAGAAGGUUUUAUUGCAGGGUUUGUUUUUUUUUUUGUUUAUUUUUUUUUUUGGUUUGUUUAUCUUUGUUGUGAUGAUGCUUUUUUUGUAUUUAUUAAUAUCAAAUUCACUUAUAAAUAAACUUGAUAAUGGAAACAGACAAAAAAAAUCAAGUGCAUGUGUGUCCUUGACCGUCUUCUGUUUCUCACUUAAUAAACAAACUAAUUAUUGAGACAUGGAAGUCGACCAGCACCUUUUCUUUAAAUGGUGGAACCUGGUUUCCUUUUACCAUGAAAUUGUCUUACUUGAAAACAUUGAUCCUGAUGAGAGAGAAGAUGGUGCCAAGGCUAUCUUUGUAUAAUGGGCUCAAAUUCUCUACCUCUUCAGGGCUAAUACUUUUAACUGAGCUGCUGCCUAUAGUGUCUUUUGGGAAACUACUUAAAGGGUGAUUUUCUGUUAGCUUUUAACAAGUUUUUUUAAUCACCUUUUGCUACACCUGUUCUUUUCAUGUGCAGCCAACUUUCAGAAAUUACCAGUUGUGGUAAAAGGCCAAAUUAAAUAAUUUGGAACCAGGAUACUAAUGAUUUCUCAUCCUGACUUUUUUUUUUUAAUCCUAACAUAACGUGAAUUUGAUUGGAAAGGCAAAUAGCUAUUAGGGAAGCAGUUUGCUAUUGUUACAGAGUUAUCUGUACUUUCUUUGUUUAAUUGAAAAAAUGUAGAAAUGUAUGUAAAGAAUUUAAGACAAGAGUACUGAAAGGAUGAUUUGUCAUAGGCUUUCCCUUUGGUUUCUGUUCUAGCAGCAGGAAAAUAUAGUUUCUCUAAAUCCUCUCCCUCUUACCUGUAACAAUUUUGUUUUCUACUGUUAAUUACAUUGUGUAUUUAUAGUUCUAUGCUUACUGUUGUGCAUAUACUGGCAAUAAAACUGUACAUAACAUUACUUGAAAAAA